UCGCCCGCUCUGAAAGGGUGAAGCUGCAUCUGCAUGCAUGUAUUUAACAGGCGUCAUUCUCGAGUUUGCUUCCUUGCUAGAAGAGAACGUACGCCAUCUGCUCCAGCUCCAGCUUCUGCAGACCUUGCCCGUUUCUUGCUUGCCUCCAUGGCUGCUGCUCACUCUGCUAUGUGACUACGCAGUCUACAUGCUCUGCUUAUGUUGUUGAUUAGACGCACAGAUCAAGGUAACUAGCUAGGCGCUGCAGUUACUGGUUGAUCGCUGGGAUGUUAGGGAGGAGGGCUAAGCCAGGCGGUGGAGUCACCGAGCAGCGCAAGAUCACGUUUGAUCACGGUCAUCACGCGGGCACCUCCAUUUCAUCGCCUCCCAAGCUACUCUUGGCUGGGAGCGGCGCCUCAGACGAGGAGGCAGCCUCGCCGGAGCUAGCGGAGGCCGUCGUGAGCCUCACCUGCACCCUGCAAGCAGUGGCCGCCAGCCUCACGCCUCCGGCGACCACGUGUUACAGCAGCAGUGCGGCCGUUCCGCCGUUCUCGCGUAACGGGAGCCGCCGGAGCCAAAGACACCGCCCCUGGGAGGCGAGGCCCGUCGGGCUCGGUCUCGCCGGCGCCUUGAACGGAGAGGCCCCCGGAGCCACGACGAUGGUCCUGACCGGGCAGAGGCUCCGUCCGGUCCAGACAACCAACGCACCGUGCUCUCCCUCGCCCUCGCCCUCGCCGUCGGCGUCCAAGGAGUUCGGCGUCAAGAGUUGCCCGAUCCCCGCGUUCGCUGACCGCUCGGCGCAGUCCUCCCCACGCCGGUGCCUGUCGCCGAGUGAGAUGAUGGCGUCGGAGGACUACACCCGCGUCAUCGCGCGCGGGCCGAACCCGAGGACAACGCACAUAUUCGACGACCGCGUCGUCGUCGACAGCUGCGGGUUCACGGCGGUGGGGGCGGGGAGCGGCGAGGAUGAAUUCCUGAGGUGGUGCCAUGGCUGCUGCAAGGACCUCGGCGAAGGCAAGGACAUCUUCAUGUACAGGGGGGAGAUGGCCUUCUGCAGCCACGAGUGCCGCUACCGCGAGAUGCUAUUCGACGAAGAAUUCUGAUCUUGCAGCGCAGAUCGAAGAACUAGAACUGUCAGUUUUUUUUUUCAAACUGUAAUGUGGUCAAGCUAGUCUAGUUGUCAGAGAAGAAGAUCCCUUGAUCCUGCAUCCUUUCUUCUUUUUCUUCUUCUUCUUCUGCAUUAAGUGGCAUGGUGCAGUUCAUUUUGGGCAUUGUACAUUCAGUGGCACUUCCUGCUCCUAAGCUUGGUAUCUGCAUUCAAGAUCAAAGCCAGCAUGCACCAAGCAUUAGUUUUU